ACACAGCACAACACAGCACAACACGACUUAUUCAUACAAUCGUCGUUUGAUCCGAUUCCAUCUCAUCUCAUCUUACCACAAGAAAACAAACUGUUCCACCACAGGGUACAAGCAUUACUUACUACAAGCAUCUCGGUCAAGAAAGUUUCCCUUUUCCAAUCCCAUUCAACCAACAAGCAAGCAAGCAAGCAAACAAACCAACAAACAAGCAAGCAAACAAACCAAAACACGACCACCAUGCGAAUCGGCAACCACCACCACCACCACCACCACCACCUCUCUUCCUCGACCGCGCCCGGCUCCAUGGUCGCUGCUGUUGCUUCCUCCCCCGCCCUCGAGACGGUGAGCUAUGACUUUAACCGCAGCCGGAGCAGCGAGUCCACCGAAGCCGUCCAUACGCACCACAAGACCGAGAAGGCAAAGGCCGGUGCUUCUUCUUCGCCUGCUGCUACGCCAUCGCCGACGCCUUCGGCCGCUCUGGUCUCUCCCUCCGUCGCCCCGUGCGCCUACGCCGACAGCCGGGGGGUCCCGGUCUCCCCCAAGAAGAUCCCCAUGACUCCGCCCCGGGACCUCUCGAGCCCCUUUCGGGCCUUUCCCCCGGCUCCCAGCGGCCUGCCCCACCAGAGGGGACUUGCAGGAGCAGGAGCAGCAGCAGCAGCAGCAGCAGCAACAGGCGCAGCAACAGCAACAGCUGCCGUUGCGGUUCCCCCCUCCCCGGUACGGCAGCCCUUUUUGUGGUGCUCCGAAGAUUCCAACGCCACCGGCGAACGCCCCGCGAGACGCCCCCGGUCCUCCCCCUUUCUCAGGCCCUCCACCGGCUCGAAGCACUGCCACCCAAAGGCCGGCGGCAACAGCAGCAGCAGCAGCCACCACACCGCCACCGGCGCCUUCUUGUCCCCRAUCUUUCGCUCCAAGGGGCUGGAAGAAGAAGCAGCAGCAGCAGCAACUGUAGCAGCGACCCCCAUCGAGGACGACAACGACAAAGGCCACGCCUUGGACCUCUUUGCCAUUCGCCGGUGCAACGCCUUUGACGAGGACGAUGCCUCCGACGAUGCCUCCGACGAAAGCGGCGACCCUUUCGGGGUGGAGCUCGGCCUCGGCCAUAACUUUGGCGUCAACUUUGGCUUCUCCGGCGAAAACCACGGCAACGGCUAUUACUAAACAAGCGAGCUAUAAGGAAUCGAUUGAACACCUUCCAACGAAUGGAAUGGAAUCAAAACGAAACCGAAAC